AUGUCUUUUGAUUUUAUCUUUCAAUUGUUAUACUUCGUUCUCGUCGCAGGAAUCACAGAAGCCCAAUCUCGUCCAGGGGGCAGUUGGGUCCUUCUAGAGCGCGUAAAUGUCCCCGAUGGAUGGAUUCAAGGACCAAUUGUCGACCCUAGUACGAUGUUCAGCAUGAAAAUCAACUUGAAUACCGCGUCUCAAACUGAGGACCUGCAUCAGAAAGUAAUGGAAAUCGGGACUCCCGGCCACGCUCGUUACGGACUCCACCUAAAACAGGAAGAAAUUAACAGCCUUAUGACUCCUAACGAGGUCGUCUUAAAUGAUGUUUUAAAGUGGAUUCAAGACGGAGGGGUAGGACUGGAACAUGUCAGGACUCGCGCGAAUUGGAUUGAUAUUGAAUUAACCAUUGGAGCUGCGUCGAAAAUGCUGAACGCACGCUUCUAUGAAUACAAGGAUGAGCGUACCGGGCUCACGAAAAUUAGGACGACAGAAUAUUCCGCGCCAAAAUCCGUGGCUCAGCAUAUUUUCUACAUCUACCCCCUCAUUCUGUUUACCAGAACGGCCGCGCAGAACAAACAGGUCGCCAGAAGCUUUUUGCAAGAUUUGCCUUCGAGAGGCACUGUCUCCGCGGCCUGUCCGGAGGGGAAUACACCUAACUGCCUUCGGGGCCUUUAUAACCUUGGUAAUAUCACAGCGAAGGCCGGAAGCCGUAAUAAGAUUUCUGUGUCGGGAUACCUUGACCAAUAUGCUCAAUACAAGGACCUGGCGGCUUUUCUGCAAAAAUUCGCUCCGCAAGCUGCCAGUGCUAAUUUUUCCGUUAGUCUUGUCAAGGGUGGCCAGAAUAUACAAAACUCGACGCGCAACUCCAUUGAGGCAAAUCUUGACACCCAAUAUGCGGUCGCUCUAACGUACAACAUGAAGGUCGACUUCGUUUCUGUCAAAGGACGCGGCCUCCUAAAGGAAGAUCUCGAUCAGCCUAAUCAGUCCAAAAACCAAAAUGAGCCUUACAUGGACCAACUCGAAUACCUAAUGGGUCUCCCAGACAAGGACCUUCCCACCGUACUGACAACUUCAUAUGGAGAAACAGAGCAAAGCGUGCCAGAGCUCUAUGCUCGAGCGACAUGUAAUGAAUUCGCAAAGUUGACCGCAAGGGGCGUAUCAAUCAUAUUUAGCAGCGGAGACACCGGAGUGGGAAGUGCCUGCACAAGCAACGAUGGCAAGAACAGGACCGUCUUCAACCCCAUUUUCCCGGCUUCAUGUCCAUUUGUAACUGCGGUCGGCGGCACGCACUCUCGGAAUCCAGAACGCGCAGUGGGAUUCUCUGCUGGAGGGUUUUCAAACUACUUCAAGCGUCCAGGUUGGCAAGAUGAAGCCGUUACGAAAUAUCUCUCCAAUCUGGGCACCACAUGGGAAGGAUACUAUAACCCGCUUGGUCGCGGGUUCCCAGACGUUGCAGCUCAAGCAGUCAAGUAUCCAAUCUACGAGAAAGGGUCCAUAAUAACGGCUGCGGGAACUAGUGCCUCUGCGCCAACAAUUGCCGCUAUCAUUGCUCACCUCAACGAAGUCCGUCUUUCUCAAGGGAAACCCGUCCUUGGCUUCCUUAACCCAUGGAUUUACAGUACGGGUUUCAAAGGAUUUACGGAUAUCACUCAUGAAGGAUCUAUUGGAUGCCUCGGGACAUCGAUGUACAGCAAGUUAUCCACACGUUUAGUUCCCUAUGCGAGCUGGAAUGCAACCAAGGGAUGGGAUCCGGUGACGGGGUUUGGUACGCCAGACUUUAAAAAAUUGGUGAAGUUGUUGCCCUAA